UUUUCUGGUCUAAUAAUUAGAUCUCUUUACACAUUGUGACAGAUAUCUUUUAAAAGACAGUCCGUAUGGAUCUUUGAUAAAUAGAAACUUCGUAAACUCUUUUACAAUGAUCAGAAAUAAACUAGAUAGUCUUAGAUUCUUUUCAUAAUAAUGGUAGAACGGAAACUAUUAGGUCAUAGGAAGUGGAAUAUUUUUAAUGACGUCUACUUGCUUUUGUGUUUUUUAAAUGUUUAUAAGUUGCUUCAUUUUAAGUUGAACUUUGUCUAGCUUUAACUAUCUUGUGAAGGAAAAUUCCUCUCUGUAAGUGUAGUUUGUAGUAGGCUCUUUAAUCUAUUAUCGAUAAUCCGUUCGCACGAAAACUCUGACGAUAUUUUCUAUUUUGUAUUAUGCGUAAAAAAUUCUAUAAAUCUGAUUUCAAUUUGCCAAUAUUUUAGCUGUAGUAUUAUCAAUAAAACAGGUAUGUUCACGUUUCCCCAACGGUCCACUACUACUAUAUAUACUAUUUAUAAACAUAUGUACUGUUUGUAAGGGAUUGGGACCGUUACAAGGCUUAAAUAUCAACAGAACUUGAGGCUAUAAACAAAAGAAAUUGAGAUUCCUCUCAUUCGUUUUCACUUCCUAUAGCUUAAUUAGUGCGGUCUACUUCAAUAUACGUAAUCCUUAUCGCCUGAAGGAUACUCUCGUUUAUGCACUCUUUUAUCCGUUCUAAUAGCAUAUUGAAUAAGAAGAUUUAUCUAUUCGACAUUAUCGACCCCUAUGAAGGUACAAUCUAAUUUAAAAUAUUUAAAAAAGUGCUUAAUUAGAACCAUCGCUAUAAUUACGAUAGUUUUGUAUCAAAUAUACAAUAGAAAAGAGGGUAGAUAGAGAUUAUGUCGAAAAUUAGGAUUAUAUUGGUAAUUUGUUGUGGAUAAAAUAACUAAAGCUUGGAGGAAGAGAGAGAGAGAGAUAGAGAGAGAAAAGUUACAUCCACGCAAAAGAUAUUAAUUAUUUUUUAUAUCGUUUUUUAUGCUCGUUUGAUUAAAAACAUGCACACAUGUAUUAUUUCAUUUGGGAAGAUAAAGUCUGUCAUCUCUGUAGUUUCUGAUCUUGUUAAAUAUAAUGAUUAUAGUAGAAAAAUGACGAAAACUCUCCUCCUUUGGAUGUCUUGGUUUAUGGUGAAAAUGUUGUAUACAAAAAAAAACAACUGCCAACUAUGAUCAUUUACGAAAAUGCAAUCUUUAUUCGUUGAUUUAGUAUCUGGUUACAGUAUUUAUUUACAAUCUAGAGAGGGGAGUUUGGGUACCUACUUUUCUUUUACUAAUUGACGCUUUCUUCCUUCAUAAUUUUUUUAUUGAUCGUGUAUAAUAUAGCUAUUUUUGACAAAAAUAUCAUAUCAUAACAUCUUCCAACUUGCUAUGAAAGCCUAUAAAUAUACAAAUAAGUCUCUUUGAUCGGCAUCUUUUCCAUUAGUUUUAGGCAGGAUCGUAUUCUUACCAAGUACUUUUAUUAGUAUUAGCCCUAAGGAAAGCUAAAUAAAAGCUACUAUAAUUUAGUUUAGCAUCUUUAACAAAGAAAAUGUUUCUACGUUUAAUUAAAUCUUGAAUUUUGAAGCCAAGAAAAGUAGUUUUCAUUUGCAUAAGGAAAUCAUUCAAGGAAGUUUAGUGCAAUGAAAACACCAUCAGUUAGAAAACGAAUUGCUAUAAUCGUUCCUUUCUUAUUGCAGUCUAGGAAAAGCAUUGGAAAAAUCAGAAUGAGACUAAUAGUACCGUUUUAAAAAUGUACAGCAUAAGGUUCAUUUCCCUAGAUGGCGAGUCGAUCGGUAGUUUGUCAAAGUUAUUCAAUUCGUGUUAUACUAUUUGCUUAGAAAUGGCUCAAGAAUCCAGCGUUGCUUUCGACAUUAUCUUAGAGUCUGCAAAGCAGAAGCAAAAGCCUAUUCAAACGUCACCAAGAUCGAAUAAUGAUACCUUACAAGAGCAAAUUCAAUCAAAGUUACAAAAUGCCGAAGAAAGGAGAAAAAUUGUUGAAUUGGAAAAGAAGGAAAAAUUAGCUAAAAAUAAGGAAAGGGAAGAAAAAGUGAGAGAAAAAGCUCAAGGAAUGAAUUCCUCAUUUCAGGUUGAAACACAAAAUAAUUUAGAGACCAAACUGGAAAUAACAGAGCAAAGUAAACAAGCUCAGCUAAAGGCUAAACAAGAAAAACUUAAAGAGCAUGUAAGUUUCAAACAGUUCAAUAAAAGAAGACGUCUACCAAUUGGGUUAAAUCUAAAUAAUCAAUUGAUCUGUAAUAAAUUAGUUAGAAUAGUUUUUUUAUUAUUAUUUUUGAAUAAGGAGCUUAUAGAAGAUUCAAAAAUACUGUAUAUACAUCAUUAGUAAAUUUCUCUUUUGCCCUCUUCUCAUUCGUUAGCUUUUUUUUUCUACACUAAUAUAUUGCACUUGAUGGAUAUUCUCCUUUUUGUGCAUAACCCAACGCCUAGUAAGAACAUGUAGAUCAGGUAAAAAAAAAAUCUUUUGAAACUAUUUCAAUGAUUUUUUUAUGCGUUUUCUCCCUUGUUAUUUUCUUCUUCGUCUUCUUCUUCUUCUUCUUCUUCUUCUUCUUUUCUACCUCUCCCUAUUCUUAUUUGUUCUAUUUUCUUUUUAAAUGCUGUCUGGAGAAGCUUAAUAAUAGAUUUUCAUUGAGGUAUUGUCGGAGUGAAAGAAAUAAAAAGCUGAUUUAUUGAUAGGUCAGACGUAUUGACUAUCAUCAAUUUCUCAAUAAUAAAGAGAGGUAGACGACUAUAAUCAAUUACUGAAAAGUAAAGAAAAACUAAACUAUUUUUAACGUUAAAUGUUAAAAUAAAAAGACUUAAUACUACAACAAACAAACAAACAGGACAAACACAUCAAAGAAGUUCGCUUAAAGAAAGCAGCUUUUGAGAAAACUAAUUAGAAUUUAAAGGGGAAAAAGAAGGAGAUGUAGAAAGAUGAAGGAGAUAUACAAGUGUUUGUCAAAUCUUUCUACCAGAAAAAUAUUUCAUUUCUCCACAACAGUAAUAAUAUACAAAGAAACACUCUAAGAAAUGAUUAAACUCUUAUUCUAUUAGAUUUAAAAUGUUUUCAUUAGUUUUUGUUGUUUGUUUGCAUUUUAAAAACAUGACUAAUUUUGCACUUUAAAGCAAAAACAGCAUAGAACAUCUUCACAUAGUUACAUAAAAAAAAUUUCACAAAAAAAAACAAAGGUAUGUUUUACAUCACAUAUGUUAUAUUUUAAUGAAGGAAUAAAAACUGGUAUAGUAAACUUAAUAAGUCAAAGACACAUAUAUAAACAUACACAUACAGUAGAUAUAAACUAAAGAAUGACUAAAGAGAGUUUUAUAUUUUUCUUUUUGCUCUUUAUUUAUUUCUCCUUUUUAAAAAACUCCCACUUUUCAAGACUGUUGUAAUCUUCUUACACCAAAAAAAUAUAGGCUUACUGAAAUAUUAAUUAAUUAAAUUUUUCUUAUAUUCCUUUAAAAAGGAAAGGACAGAAUAAUCAACUCCCUUUUUUAAUAAGUCUUAGGAAACGGAAAUGUAAACAAGGCUGGAACCUUAAAUGAAUAAUAGCGCUAAAGAGAAAUUAAGUAUCUAUAUAUAAUCUAUACAAAAAGUUUCCCUUUUAAUUAAAAACACUUUUUACCCUUUCAUUCAUAAUAUAUGUUUAUUUUAGAAGAACUGUGAGAGAAAAUUUUACUAUUAUUUAUUUACUUUAGAAAAAUAUGAUGCGUUUAAAAGCAUAUGUAUAAUGUAUAUAUCCAUAUAUUAAUAUGUAUAUAAUGUAUACAUAUAGAGAUAAUGUGCCUAUGUUAACAGAAAUAUUACAUGUAUAUUGGAACAAAUCUAUAGAUAGUGCAUAUAUGUAGAAGAUGGCUCUAUAAGCAUCUCAUUUUACGGGAUGUAUUACUGUUGAAGACGGUAUUGUUUUCUUAACAAGAGUAAUAUAUUGUUGUUAUAGUUUUUAAUGAUAUCAUUACCAAUACUAAUUAUAGUUUAACAAGUCAAGUUUUUAUUAUCAGUUAAAAGACUGAAGAAUCGGCAAAUAUUGAUAUUUUUCCUGAAUAGUAUGAAUAACAACUGCCUAUUAUUCUUAUUUAUUUUGAUAAGAUAGCACUGUUUAGAUGAAUUUCCACUAAAGUUUAACAUUAAU